AUGGCUUCCAUAAGUGUGGUUCCUGCUUCUGGAAUUAGAGAACCCAGUGGAAAUGUAGUUGGUGUCGAUAGUUUGCCUAGUGGGAUGAAUGAUAUGAAAAUUAGGGAUGAAAAGGAAAUGGAAGCAACUAUUGUUGAUGGUAAUGGAACAGAGGCGGGUCAUAUCAUUGUCACAACUAUUGGUGGAAAGAAUGGCCAACCAAAACAGACAAUAAGCUAUAUGGCUGAGCGUGUUGUUGGACAUGGAUCUUUUGGAUUGGUUUUCCAGGCCAAAUGUUUAGAAACUGGUGAAACUGUUGCUAUUAAAAAGGUUCUUCAAGACAAGAGGUACAAGAACCGGGAGUUGCAAACCAUGCGUCUUCUAGACCACCCAAACAUUGUGUCCCUUAAACAUUGUUUCUUUUCGACAACUGAAAAAGAUGAGCUAUACCUUAACCUUGUACUUGAGUAUGUCCCUGAGACUGUCCAUAGGGUGAUCAAACACUACAGUAAGAUGAACCAGAGGAUGCCACUUAUAUAUGUCAAACUUUAUUUUUACCAGAUUUGUAGAGCACUUGCUUACAUUCACAAUAGUAUUGGAGUUUGCCACAGGGACAUUAAGCCUCAAAACUUGUUGGUCAAUCCACAUACUCAUCAGCUUAAAAUCUGUGACUUUGGAAGUGCGAAAGUCUUGGUAAGAGGGGAACCCAACAUAUCUUACAUCUGUUCUAGGUAUUAUCGAGCACCUGAACUUAUAUUUGGUGCAACCGAGUAUACAACAGCCAUUGACAUCUGGUCUGCUGGCUGUGUUCUAGCUGAGCUACUGCUUGGACAGCCCCUAUUUCCUGGAGAAAGUGGAGUAGACCAGCUUGUUGAAAUCAUCAAGGUUUUAGGUACCCCAACGAGAGAGGAAAUAAAGUGCAUGAACCCUAACUACACAGAGUUUAAGUUUCCCCAGAUUAAAGCUCACCCAUGGCACAAGAUAUUCCACAAGCGCAUGCCCCCUGAAGCUGUGGAUCUCGUAUCGAGGCUACUGCAGUACUCUCCAAACCUUCGAAGUACAGCUUUGGAGGCCUUAGCUCAUCCGUUCUUUGAUGAGUUGCGUGACCCUAACACCCGCUUGCCAAAUGGACGUUUCCUCCCCCCGUUGUUCAACUUUAAGGCUCAUGAACUGAAGGGAGUACCUGCAGAGAUGCUGGUUAAGCUGAUUCCGGAGCAUGCAAGAAAACAGUGUGCCUUCCUUGGGUCGUCGUAA